AUGACCGUCGAAUACAUCACUCUUCAACCCUCUGGUGACAAGAUGCCAUUUAUCGGUUUCGGUACAUGGAAGGUGAAUUGCGAUGUUGCCCCAGAGGCUAUCUACAAUGCCAUUCGCUGUGGUUAUCGGUUGAUCGAUAGUGCCAGCAAUUACAAGAACGAGCAAGCCGUCGGCAAAGGAAUCAAGAUGGCCAUUGAUGAAGGUAUCGUCAAGCGUCAAGAUCUUUUUAUUACAUCCAAGUUGUGGAGCACCUAUCAUCGCAAGGAAAAUGUCGAAAAGGCAUGUAAAAAACAAUUGCAAGAUUUAGGUCUUGAUUACCUAGACAUGUUCCUGGUUCAUUUUCCCCUUCCACUCAAGUAUGUCCCAAUUGAAGAAAAGUAUCCACCGGGAUGGUAUCAACCAGGCCAAGACGAGAUCACGUUGGAUCGUGCACCAAUGCAUGAAUGCUGGGGCGCUAUGGAAAAGUUGGUUGAAGCUGGUCUCGUGCGUAACAUUGGUGUAUCCAAUUUCAACGUCCAGCUGUUGAUGGAUAUGCUUACUUAUGCCAACAUCAAGCCUUCCUUACUUCAAGUUGAAUUGCAUCCAUACCUACAACAAGAACAUCUUGUACGAUGGGCUCAAGCACAAGGGAUUGCUGUCACUGCCUAUUCAUCAUUUGGACCUACAUCCUUUGUUUCUACCGGCUCUAGGCGUGCUAAAUCAGUGGAGCCAUUGUUUGAAAAUCCAGUCAUCAAAGACAUUUCCGAAAAGUACAACGUUACUCCUUCACAAGUAGCUCUUCGUUGGUCUCUAGAACGAAAUGUGGCUGUGGUGCCGAAAUCGCUCAAUGUUGAUCGCAUGAAAAUGAAUCUCGAAGCGCUCAACUGGAAAAUGGAUGAGGAAGACGUACAAGCUAUUAACCAACUGGAUAUGGGUUUGCGAUUCAAUGAUCCCAUGGUUAACGCCCAAAAGCUGCCCAUCUUUUAUUGA